GCACAGACAGCUCAGAGGUGAUGAAGGUUCUGGGAGGAGUGAAGAUCAGCAGGAGAAUAAAAACACCACCAAACCCCCCACAGCGUUUCACACGGAGACGAGCGCUUCACUUCUUCAGACUCGCUCUGUCCUACUAAACUGAUUUCUUGGUCAGUCCAGCAUCAUGUCAGCACAUCAGUGCGGUGGGUCACUCUUGAUCAUCAUGUGCUUUAUUUUGACGAACUCCAGCAGUGCUGACCCGUGCAAUAGCUACACUGUGCUGGACGAACCUUGGAGAGCCACCAACUAUUCCGACACCAUGAAUAAGAAGUGUGAUGACUCUGUUAGUUGGGCUGGCUGGUACAGGCUCAUGUAUAAUGGAUGGAAUGUCCAGAUGCCAGAGUCAUGUGUUAAUAUUUACAUGUGUGGCGCUAACGCCCCCCUCUGGAUGAGUGGCACUCAUCCACAGCUGCAGGAUGGAGUGGUCACCCGCCAGAUUUGCGGUCACUGGGAAGACAACUGCUGUUACUUAAGACCCAACCCUAUUCGAGUGAAAGCUUGCCCAGGAAACUACUACGUCUAUGAGUUCGUCAGCCCGUCUGCCUGUUGGUAUGCAUAUUGUGCAGAUAUUACAACACUAAAACCGGCGCUCUACCCUAAGAUAAAGCAACUUGUUAGACUACGACUUUCAUCAGCGGAGGACUUCAAACAGUCGUCCACCAGUGAGAUUUUUUUGAACCAGCUGAAAGAAGAACUGCUUAGAAAAGGCCUUCCUACCAACAUCACUCUACACCUGAAGAGCAUCUCAAAACAGAAGAACGUAAAAUCAGAGACACGGGAACCUGGAAUCUGUUAGAGCUCUUAGCACUCAUUACUGAUCCCUGUAUUGAUCAAGAUUCAAUAGGAGGUUAAGGGGUUAGAAGUUGUAGUUGUAGAGGAUGUACAGUUUUAUGAGGAAGCUCCGGAAAAAGUGCAUAAUAUAAUAAUAAUGAAUUUUACUCAAUGUAAAAAAUUAAACUUCAACUCAAAAUCAUGAGACAACUUCUUACACUACUUUUUUUUUUUAAGUUGACUUGAGGAAACUAGAGUUUACUCAGCUUACACCUCUUAGUUUAGUCAAAAAUUCUACUCACCUACAUUCUUUAGUUUUGUAAACAAUGCAGAAUUAUUUUUUACGUAAUUUCCACUUUUUCUGUUACACAAUCUCAGGAGGCAUUUUCUCCUCUUGGGCUCCCAGUUUUGGAUGACUGGUGCUUCAGUGGGCCUCAAACUCAAGAUAUCUGAUAUUGAGUGAACGCUUAAACACACACUGAAAGUCCCCACACAUUAUUUCAGAGGUGUGGACUCGAGUCAGAUGACUUGGACUUGAGUCUGACUCGAGUCAUGAAUUUGAUGACUUUAGACUUGACUCGAGAAAAUUGAGAAAGACUUGCGACUUGACUUUGACUUCAACACCAGUGACUCGGAUUCUGACUCGGACUUGGAAAGACGAGACUCGAAGUGGCAGAAACGUGGACUCUACACAGUCGAUUAUUUUUCAUGGGAAUUAAUUUGUUUCCUGUUGUCGUUGUCAGUUAUUAGUUAUUAUUUAAUCAGUAACAUUGCUAAUUGUGCGUUCUCCUCUUUGGACGACUUCACCAGUAAUCAGUAUGUUUUCUCAUCAG